AUGCUGCGCUCCUCGAUUGCUCCGGGUCGGCAAUUGCUGUCAAACCCUGUCCGCCAACGGAUUCCGUCGCAAUGGCUGUCCAAAGCCGGUGCAAGCAACCGGCUGGCAGGUCAGCGAUUCUUCGCCGAUUCUAAGCCUCCUACUACCGGUGGUCCAACACCAGCCUCCCCUUCCUCCGAAUCCAGUGUCCCUCCCGAGACCAUCUUGAAGGCCGCUGAACAAGAAUCUAAGCUUCCUCCCUCGCCUCCGGCAGCUGCUCCCCGCAAAUCCGGUCGUUUCCGUCGGUUCUUGAUUUAUCUGAUCCUCACAUCCGGCUUUGCCUACGGUGGUAGCAUCUUCCUGGCCCUGAAGUCUGAUAACUUCCACGAUUUCUUUACCGAGUACAUUCCCUACGGUGAAGAAUCCGUGCUUUACUUCGAGGAGCGCGACUUCUACCGCCGCUUCCCCAACGCACUGAGAAACCAGAACCGUCUCCCGGCUGCACCCCGAGAAGAGGGAAAGGCUGUCACAAUUCCUGGCAAGAGCGGUCUGUCUUGGAAGGUUGCUGAAGAAGAGAAGGCCGACGCCACUGCUAAGGCAGCUCACGAGGGCCAAACCAAGUCCGCGAUCAAGCCCGAGGAUCGGAACGCUACAGUCACCAAGGCCAAGGAAGACACGGCCUCGAAGCACAGCCCCAAGGACACCAAGUCUGAGUCCGAAUCCGAGGCGAAGAAACCCGUCUCACUGGAUCAGCCCAGACAACCUGCCGUUGCUGCCAGCACCAUUGAAUUGCUCCAGUUGCAGGAUGGUGAUGAGGGUGUUGUCCAGGAUCUGGUUAAGACCUUUAACGACAUCGUUACCGUCAUUAGUGGCGAUGAAAACUCCAGCAAAUACUCUGCGCCUAUCGCCAAGGCCAAGGGCGAGCUGGAGAAGAUUGCCGAGAAGAUCGCGGCUAUCCGCAGUGAGGCUCGCAACACUGCCCAGGAAGAGCUUAACAAGCUACAUGCUACCUUUGAUGAGUCGGCACGCGAAUUGAUGCGCCAAUUUGAGGAAGUGCGCUCCACUGAUGUUGCUUCAUUCCGUGAAGAGUUCGAGGCCGAGCGCGAGAAGCUCGCCCACGCAUACCAGCAGAAGGUUAACACCGAGCUCCGCCACGCUCAGGAGCUUGCUGAGCAGCGUCUUCAGAAUGAGCUUGUUGAGCAGGCCAUCGAACUCAACCGCAAGUAUGUCCAUGAGGUCAAGGGCCUGGUCGAACGCGAGCGUGAGGGUCGUCUGAGCAAGUUGACUGAGCUCACAGCCGACAUUAACGAGCUUGAGAAGCUGACCGCUGGAUGGAGCGAUGUUAUCGACACCAAUCUCAAGACUCAGCAGCUGCAGGUCGCCCUAGACGCCGUUCGCACCGUGGUCGAGCGUGCUGAGACCCCACGUCCGUUUAUCCGUGAGCUUGUGGCCGUGAAGGAGCUUGCUGCUGGUGAUGACGUCGUUGAGGCUGCCAUCGCAUCUAUCAACCCCACCGCAUACCAACGUGGUAUCCCCUCCACUACUCAGAUUUUCGAGCGUUUCCGUCGAGUUGCAAGUGAAGUCCGCAAGGCUAGCCUGCUGCCCGAGGAUGCCGGUGUGGCCAGCCACGCUGCUAGCCUUGUUCUAAGCAAGGUUAUGUUCAAGAAGGAUGCUUUGUCCGAGGGUGAUGAUGUCGAGAGCAUUCUCGUGCGCACUGAGGGUUUGUUGCAGCAGGGCGAUGUUGACGCCGCCGCUCGGGAGAUGAACACCCUCCAGGGCUGGGCUAAGAUUCUGAGCAAGGACUGGCUGGGUGAUGUUCGCAAGGUUCUUGAAGUCAGACAGGCUCUCGAAGUCAUCGAGGCUGAGGCCCGCCUGCAGUGCUUGCGGGUUGAGUAA